CGCCUAAAAAUUCUGUGCGGAAUUCGAAUCUAUGCUCCGAAUCCUCGAAAGGUCCAGAAACCCUGGUUCUGAAAAGAGAGACAUACAUAGUAAAAUCCGUGAUUAGAAAAUCCGAUCUCAAAAUGGCCACUAAGAAGCAUCUUCUUCUGAAUUCAUCUUCAUCAUCGUCUUCGUCUUCUUCUUCUUUUGUGGUUUUUUUAAUUUGCAAUCUGCUGUUGUCUCAUGCAGUCAUCGCCAAGCCUCAUCACCCCAUCUCCGACACUGAGGUUAGGCAGAAGAAGAACGAGUGCUAUGCUGAUAUUGAGAGGGGAUUGUGGGGAUGGAAAUGCAAGUCUUCAAUGAUAGCCAAGGAGAAUUGUGCUCUGCAUUGCCUUGCUCCGCCUUGUUACGAACUCAUUUAUGCAAGCGAUCCGCUAGAGGAAGGUGAGAAAGAUCUGGUUCGGAGCCAAGAGUUCAAGUACUGCAUGCACAAGCUAUCAUUGGGGGAGAGCCUUGAGGGCAUCAAGGGUUCCUUUGAAUAUUGAAGUAUUGUAUUGUGACUUUGUUAUUAUGCUGUGCCCUUGGGUCAUGUAUUGGGGAAGUGAAGCUUGAAUGCAGGGGAAGUUGAGAUUGAAGUAAUUGGGAAAGGGGGAAGGAUGGAUCCCCGAUUUUUUGUAAGAGAGUAAUGGUGUCGUUUGGAUUCUUGUGAUAAAAUAAACGGUGUCAUUUCAUUCCUUGUAAUAGAAUAGCUGCUAUAAAUGGUGUCAUUACAAUUUGUAUAAGUUAGUCAUGGCGGAGGUACAUGAUCCUACUCUCAAUUAGCAGACUCAUUGAAUCAUCUUAGACAAUAGCAAGAGCGGCAGCAGAAGCAAAUUGAAGAGACCGUUGCCAUUUUGUUGCAGCAACAAGAAAUAGCUCGUGUAGACGGAGAGACCCAGGACAAACGAUUCAAUUAAGUCUUGUAACAAAUUUCUAGAAUAUCAAUUAAUAGCUUGGUUGGUAAUGAAGCAGCGGGAAAAAAAUGCCACAAUAA